CGGGCUGCGGCCGUCUCUCGGCUGCCUCGGGCCUCGCCCCGCCGCCUGUGGCGCCGUCCCUUGCUUGGCAGCCGCCGGGCGGUGCUGGCUGGAGCCUCUGUCCUGAAAUCGCGUGAAUCGUCCCGUAGCCCGGGCGUACGGGACAACGCAGGCUGGCGCUGGGAGAAGCCCUUCAGCAAAACAGUUUUAAAACAGUUUAAUCAAAUAAGCAGAGCGCGCUGCGUGCGUUACACUGUCGCCCUGACUUUUCAUCUGCGCUGCGUCCCUCCCGGUGAGGUCGAGCAGUGCUCUCUAUAGCCGUUUCAAAAAUGGGAUGUUAGCGUUCCUAUCGACACAGGCAGCCCUCACUUAAAAUACGGUGAAAACUCCAUCAGUAAAGCUCUUUUAGAGAUCCCUUUCUUGACUAUUUUUAAGAAAUCUGGUUGCAAUCAGAAAUGAAAUUCCAUUUGGAAUGGUAAAUAUUUCAAGGCAAAUGUUUCUGAAACCAGUUCUAAUACCCUUGAGAAUAAUCUGAAUAUUGAAGUAUCACACAAGAUGUGGCUAAAAUAGAUCAUCUUAAAACAAGGAUUCUGAUGGUGUACUCCGUUCCUCCAUUUCAGUUUUCCCGAGGAAGCGGUAUCCUCAAUUCUGUAUGAAUGCUCCAAGUUUAUUUCAUUUUACAUUCUUACUGAAAGAAAUAAGUACAGCAUCUUGGAGGCCAUGGAUGUUGAGGAAACAACAAUUUUCCCUGACCAGGCUGCCCUUAUUCCAGGCAGCAGGAAAGAAGAACUCUUCCAAUCUCCUUGCACUAAAUGAGGCAGAUUUAAAAGAACAGUUUGUAAGAGGUGAUGGCCCAGGAGGUCAAGCCACUAAUAAGACAAGCAACUGUGUUGUCUUGAAGCAUAUUCCAACUGGGAUUGUCAUUAAGUGUCAUCAAACAAGAUCAGUAGAGCAGAACCGAAAGAUAGCCAGAGAAAUCCUGCAGGAAAAGGUUGACCUCUUCUAUAAAGGUGAAGAUAGUGAUGUUUUUAAAGAGAAGAAAGCAGCAGAGAAGAAGAAGCAAGAGAAGAAAAGAAGAGCAAGGGAAAACCUAGAAAGGAAAAAGCAUUUUAAAGAGAUGCAAGAAUCAGAUGGCAAAUAGACAUGUGAAAUACUGGCUUGUACUAAUUGGAUAAGGGAAAAGAAUAUGUCAUUAUAUCUAAAUGCAGUUUUCUAACUGACAGAUGUUGUAGGGCUUCAUAGCACAGCUUAAAAAUAUUGAGUAGUGACCUGCUAUUACUGUAAAACUGAAGUAUUAAAAGCAGUCAUGUAUUCCUC